AUGAGUCAUAAAAUUAUUGGCGAAAGUGCGUUUAAAGUUCAGGCCGCCAAUCCCAUUCCACACUUCGUCAAGUGCAACCACACAACCGUAACAACAGCGACUCCCAGUUACUCCAAAAUUUCAAUCUACAAACGACUCGACAACCCACCACACCAACCUAAAGGGCCCGACGCCGAAUUACCAAAACAGCUCGCCCAAUAUGGAGGACAUGAGGAAGCGAAAAACAACGGAUUGGGGAAAUGGCGUGCUAACGAUACUGGUGGUAUUAAUAGGUCUCUCGUCGCCGGCGAGAAGUCGAACUUCCAGUUCAUUCUCCGUCUUCUCAACACCAAUGUUGACGGAAAGCAGAAGGUUAUGUACGCCCUCACCAAGAUAAAGGGUGUCGGUCGUAGAUACUCCAACUUGGUCUGCAAGAAGGCCGAUGUUGAUCUCAACAAGCGUGCCGGUGAGCUCACCACUGAGGAGCUCGAGCGUAUCGUGACGAUCAUCCAGAACCCCACCCAGUACAAGAUCCCCACCUGGUUCUUGAACAGGCAGCGUGACAUCGUCGACGGAAAGGACACCCAGAUCCUUGCCAACGCCCUCGACAACAAGAUGCGUGAGGACUUGGAGAGGCUGAAGAAGAUCCGUGCCCACAGAGGUCUCAGACACUACUGGGGUCUCCGUGUCAGGGGUCAACACACCAAGACUACCGGUCGUCGUGGUCGCACCGUUGGUGUGUCCAAGAAGAAGGGUUAA